AUGGCUUCAUAAAAAUUUAUGGAGUUUUUAUCAAAUAAUGAUAAAUUAAGAAUGAAUGAUAUGAAAUUGAUUGAACAAGAAUAAUAUUAUAUCAGCUAAUUAAAAGAUUAAAGGGAAAAAGUAAAAAACACAUUUUAAUGAUAGAUGGAAUUAUUAAAAAUUGAAUUUCUGAAGAAAGAUCAUGUAAUAUUAGAGUUGUAAGAGCAUUUAGAUUAGUUAUAAUAAGAAUGUGAAUAACUUAGAGAGAUUUAUUAAGAACAUGUACAAAAUUAGGAAAAUGAAUUUCAUAGAUUGAAAAAGUUAUAAGUUGAAAAAGAUAAUCUAAUUAAAGAAAAUUAAGAAUUAAAGGAUGUAAUUUAACAUUUACGAUAUGAAAAUGAAACUUUAAAUGUAUUCAAAAUGAUAAAAUUUCAUAGUCGUUAUAAUUUAAAAAUGAUGAUUAGUAAAGAUAAUUAUAAGAAUAAUUGGUUUUAUUAACAGAUGAAAAUUCAAGAUUAAAGUAAGAAAUAGCUAAAUUGGACGAACUUCUUUUUACAUAUGAACCUUUAAAGGAUGAAAAUGAAAAAUUGAAUGAAAAACUAAAAUAUUAUAAAAAUGAAAAACAAAGAUUAUCUUCAGAAUUGAAAUAAGGAAAACUAGAUAUUAAUAAAUAAAUAGAUGAAUUUAAAUAAGGUUAUGUUAAGGAAUUAAAAAAUGAAAUAUCAAGAUUAUAAGAAUAUAAAGAUUAAUAUUAAUCAUUAAAAAUACAAGUUCAAGAAUUGUAAUAAAAAUAUAUUGAAAUAAUUAAAGAAAACAAUGAUUUAAAAUUAGAAAUUAAAUCUCUUUAUGAAAAGGAGGAAAGUGAAAUUAAAAUUAAAUCAGAAAUAGAUAGAGUACAUAUAUUUCAUUAAAUUUAAGGUUAGAUAAGAUCUAAUGUCAGUAAGAUAUUAAGAGACUUUAAAAUUGAAUGAACUAUUUAAUGGCAUGAUCAAUUUGAACAGUUUAGUAAAUUCUAGAGAUCAUUUCAAUUGA